AUGGCUUGCUUUAAGCUUCCUGCAUCUUUCCAUUCUAAGAUUGAAUCCCUUAUGGCUCGGUUCUGGUGGGGCAGCACUGAGACCAACAGGAAAAUCCAUUGGAAAACAUGGUCUUUUCUUUGCUAUUCAAAAUUCCAUGGUGGUCUCGGGUUUCGUUCUAUGAAAGCUUUCAAUCAGGCGAUGUUGGCCAAACAAGCUUGGCGGCUACUCCAAUAUCCUCAUUCACUAGUGGCCACACUCCUUAAAGCUCGAUACUUCCCACACACUAGCUUCCUUCAUUCUGGCAAGGGCCAUAGACCUUCUCUUGUUUGGUCUAGUAUUACUUGGGGCAAAGAACUUCUUCAGUCAGGCCUUAAGAAGUCAAUUGGUGAGGGUACUACCAUCAACAUUUACAAUGAUGCUUGGAUUCCUGGUUAUGGCAAACUGCACUAUUUAAGAUAUCAUUCAAAUGCCAAUAUGACAGUGGCUGAUCUUAUCACACCUAACAAACAAUGGAACCAUGCCAUUAUCCAAUCCCUCUUUCCUACAGACAUUACACAAGCUAUAAUGGCUAUUCCCCUUCCUUCAAUUUCCACUCCAGACACACACUUUUGGUCCCUCACCCCUCAUGGUUCAUACACGGUCAAUUCAGGUUACCACCUUGCCCAUAGACAGCUUCAUUAA